UACAUUUCACUUUUUCUAUUUUUCUUCUUACUAGUCUAAAAGCAUCCAACAGCUGCUGCAACUAUGGUCAUCCCAGAACAAAUUGUCGAGGAAGAGACCAAGUGGGUCACAGCUAACGGCUACCAAUUCUAUACUCGCCUAUUCAAGUCCGCAAUCCAGCCACCCAAGGCCACCCUGCUGUUCAUGCAUGGAUUAGGUGACCAAGUUGACAACUACAGAGCAAUGGCUUCAUACCUUGCACGUGCUGGAAUUCAGUUCUUUGGGUUCGACCAGCGUGGAUUUGGCAAGUCUGGGAGCAAGGCCAGUGACUUGGGAGACAAUGGCGGUAUGGACAACGUUGUCAAGGAUAUCGCUGCCAUGAACAGCCUUGCUAUGAUCGACGGUGUGAAACAUUUCAUGUUUGGCAUCUCGAUGGGAGGCAUGCACGUUCUCAACUACUGCCUGCUCUACAACCAGGAUCGUCAUAUCGCCGGUAUCAUAUCACAAGUUCCUGGACUGAAGAGUUUGGGGUUCCUAUUACCGAGUGAUGAGGAUGUCAAGAGCUGUGAAGUAGACUCUGCCAACCGCAAGGUCAAGAGAAGUUACAAAUCCACACCAGAGACGCUUUGUAAUAACCAAGAGUCUUUGAAGCGGUGGGAAAGCAACGACCGCAAUUUAGGCUACUCUGCCUUGGGUACUUUGGUCGAUAUGUAUACUUUAGGCCCUCGCAUUACUGCUCGCGCGCCUGAUUUCACCACGCCAGUGCUGCUGAUACAUGGGGAUGGUGACACUAUCACGGAUCCGAAUGCCACGAGAAAGUUCUUUGCUGGUCUGCCCGAUGAUCUUGACAAGAAGCUCAAGAUAAUUGAGAACUGCCCUUUCCAUGUGCUUAACUGUGCGGUUGGACUUUAGCUAGAGCUAAUCGAUGAAUACACACAGUGGAUUCUGUCGCGCGUGGAGAGGGAUAGCUAGAUGGGCUGUAUAGCCUGCAUAGCCAACUAUACUUUCAAUACAUCCAACAAAGGAGAA